AGUGGAAACCCUCGUCUGUGCGGGCUUGUCUGACCCCACCUCUCCUAGGCGGGGGUGGGAGGUGGUGGUGUCAUUCUACAAUCUCUUCCAACAAUUUCAGGACCAGGAAACAGCCUUUAUUCUGGUGUCUGCUUCACUGACUCAGAUUAUGGCUCUCUGAGCCUCACUUUUCCCACGUGAAGGAAAAAAAAAAAGACUUCCAACCUCAGGAUGCAUUUUGCUCUGGCUUGGGACUGUGUGAUGUGUAAAGGAAGAUUUUUGGUUGGGGAGGGUCUGACAGUGCUGUAGCCACAAAGACCGAGAAGUGCCAGCUACAUAGUUCCCUUCAGAAACUACAUUUCCCGACAUGCAAAGUGGGCGGGACAGGGGACGUACCCGCACGUCCGUCCUGGACGAGUUCAGGGACUACAACUCCCAGAGUACCACUCUAGCUUUACAAGGCGGAAAGUCCUGAGCCAGGAACCGGAUAUGUCCUGUUGCUCCGGCGAAACGCUGGGGAGAUGGCCACCGGGACAGACCAAGCGGUGGGAUUUGGCCUCGUCGCCAUCAGCCUGAUUAUCUUCACCUACUACACUACUUGGGUGAUUCUUUUGUUCCAGGAGAUCCAGCCAAAGUGCCAGACACAGCAGUGCUGCUUGAGUGUUAGGAGUUGGAGAUCCAGGACUUGGAUGAGCCGUUCAUUGACAGCCAGCAUGUCAUCCACAAGUACUUCCUGCCUCGAGCCUAUGCAGUCCUCAUCCCCCUGGCCACAGGCCUCCUGCUACUCCUGUUUGUGGGGAAGGGACCAAGGGUCACAGCCUGCACGACAGUCAUCCUGGCUGUGCCGAAACCCUCUUCGGGAGGCGGAGCUGCUUACAAGUGAACUCUGACAAACUGGAGCCCCCCUUGUCCUUCCAGAAGUCGAGAGGAAGGUGGAUUGGGACCUCGCCCUCGUCCCUGUCAGGCCCAGGGCCUGAACAUUGCUGGUCCUGCCCACCAGUCAAAGCUCCCUGCCACUCCCUCUGGGUUCCGCUCUGUCUCCCCCCGGCCCCCCCCCCCCCGCCCCCCCCCCCCCCGUCAUGUGCUGGUAGACAGAGCAGACUCCAGGUUGUGCGCAGCCCCCUGCCUCUGUACAAACCCUGUCCCUUCACACGGCAGCUCUUCUGAGUCUGACACUGUCCAGACCCCAUGAGGACUUCUGGACCCAGAAAGCCCCAGGGAAAGACUGACAGACCACAGAACCCAGAGACAUCCAGGCAGCCGCCCCAGAUCCCAGCUGGCCUGUUUGGGAAAACUUACAAAUAAAUGUUGAUCAUGGUG